AUGCACCUUUCUGACCCGACAGGUACAAAGGUGAACCUUUUUAAUCUGACAGGUACAGAGAUGCACCUUUCUGAUUUGACAGGUACAAAUAUGCACCUCUCUGAUCUGACAGGUACAAAGGUGAACCUUUUUAAUCUGACAGGUACAAAGAGGCACCUUUCUGAUCCGACAGGUACAAAGGUGAACCUUUUUAAUCUGACAGGUACAGAGAUGCACCUUUCUGAUUUGACAGGUACAAAGAAGCACCUGUCUGACCCGACAGGUGCAAAUGUGAAUCUUUCUAAUCUGACAGGUACAAAGAUGCACCUCUCUGAUCUGACAGGUACAAAGGUGAACCUUUUUAAUCUGACAGGUACAGAGAUGCACCUUUCUGAUUUGACAGGUACAAAGAAGCACCUGUCUGACCCGACAGGUGCAAAUGUGAAUCUUUCUAAUCUGACAGGUACAAAGAUGCACCUCUCUGAUCUGACAGGUACAAAGGUGAACCUUUUUAAUCUGACAGGUACAGAGAUGCACCUUUCUGAUUUGACAGGUACAAAGAAGCACCUCUCUGAUCUGACGGGUACAAAGGUGAACCCUUCAAAUCUGACAGGUACAAAGAUGCUCCUUUCUGAUCCGACGGUUACAAAACUAGGUGAAACUUUCUAA